CCCUCUUUUUUCAGAUAUUCUGAAACAUUCGAUUUUAUUGUGUCAUAUUCGAGUAUUGAACACAGUGGCCUGGGACGUUACAGUGAUCCUCUCGAUCCUAUUGCUGAUCUUUUCGAGAUGCAAAAGCUAAGUUGCUUGAUGAAGAAAAAUGCACUUCUGUUUCUUGGAAUUCCAGUGGGUAUCGACAUGGUAACGUUCAAUGCUCAUCGUAUUUAUGGAAGAGUUCGCCUGCCGAUGCUGCUGGAAGGUUUAAUCUUUCAAUUUCCAUUACUUUAUUAA